CUUCAAAAACGCACCCUAUUCUUCUAUAUUUGCAUAAGCAUUUGUUCUUGAAUCUCUAGAGAGAGAUUGUGAGAGGGAGAGCCUCCCCCUUUAGAGAGAGAAAGAUAGAAAGAAUGUUCCACACCAAGAAACUCUCUACUAUGAAUUCUCACCACGAAAGUAGUAGACCCAUGUGUGUUCAAGGUGACUCUGGCCUUGUCCUCACCACUGACCCUAAGCCUCGCCUCCGAUGGACGGUCGAACUCCACGAACGAUUCGUCGAUGCUGUUGCUCAGCUUGGAGGACCAGACAAGGCAACACCAAAGACUAUCAUGAGAGUUAUGGGUGUGAAGGGACUUACUCUUUACCACCUUAAAAGCCAUCUCCAGAAAUUCAGGCUUGGAAAGCAACCUCACAAGGAAUUCAAUGAUCACUCUAUUAAGGAUGCUUCGGCAUUGGAUCUUCAAAGAAGUUGUGCAUCUUCAGCCGGCAUGAUGGUUCGUAGCAUGAAUGAUAACUCACACAUGGUUGAUGCGAUUGGGAUGCAAAUGGAGGUGCAGAGAAGACUCCAUGAACAAUUAGAGGUACAAAAGCACCUUCAACUAAGAAUUGAGGCCCAAGGGAAGUACAUGCAAAGCAUAUUGGAGAAAGCUUGUCAAACCCUAGCAGGAGAAAACAAUAUGAGCUAUGCUUCUAAAGGCAUCAAUGGAAAUCAUCAUCAUCAUCAAGGAUUAGUUCCUCAGGAGAUGAAAGAUUUCGGUCCUCUCAAUUUUCCGGCUGCAUUUCAAGACCUAAACAUAUAUGGAGGAGGUCAUCACCUUCAACAAGAAAUUGAAAGAUCAUCAUCACCAGUACUUGUUCAUCAUCAUGGUUUUAAUAAUAAUGAUCCUGGUAAUAACCUUUCUUUGGGAGGAAAGAAGAGGCCUAGCCCUAGCUAUACUGGCGGCGGCGGCAAGAGUCCUUUGAUUUGGUCGGACGAUUUCCGAUUGCAAGAGCUCGGAACAACACCUCAUCAUCAGAUUCAGAUUGGACCUCCUUCCAUUACUACUACUACUACUCUCAAUUCGAUGUCGGAUAUUUAUGAAUCAAAGCCAGCAGUAGUAGUACACCAAGGUGAUUCAAUGAAGAAAUUUGAAGCAUCAUCUUCAUCUUCAUCAAAGCUUGAAAGGCCAUCACCAAGGAGAGAUAGGAUGAGCCCUAUGAUUCCACAAGGAAGGAACAAUAAUACUUCAUUUGUUUGAUAUAUAUGCUUGCUAACUUCUUUAUUAAUUAAUUUAGAUGUAACAGCCUUGAUGAUAUAUUAAUUAACUAUGGAAACUACAUGUUUAGAGUUAUUGAUAUAUGAAGGUUAAUUAGAAUUUCAUAUUUGGGUUAAUUUGCCUUCAAGGCAAACAUUAUCAUGAGUCAAUAUCAUUGUUAUUAUGUAUAAUUUAAUUGGGACUUUAUUUUUAAUCUCU